AUGGAGCCCCGGCAGGAUCUGUACAACACUCUGCCAGAGGACCUCGGUGACUUUGUGGAGGAGAGCCUCGUGCCCGACGAGGAGUGGGAGAGGGACGAGCAGGAUGCCUGGCACCGAUGUGCCACUUUCUUAAAGGAUCACUGCUUCCAGGGUCAGCUGGUGGCAGGCCAAGAGGUCCGGGUGCUGAAGGUGAUGAAGGGUGGCUCCUACGGAAAGGGGACAUCACUGAAACACACCUCCGACGUGGACUUGAUCCUAUUCCUGAGCUGUUUCUCCAGCUUCCAAGACCAGGCAGACCUCCGUAAGGAAAUCAUUGAUUUCAUCAAGAAGAAAGUGGAACACUGCAGCCAGAGUUUGGCCUACAGCAUCUCUGUGAUUCCCUACUGGGGCAGGAACCCCCGCUCCCUGGCCAUCCAGGUCCAGGCCAAGAAGAACAGCAAUGUCAUCAAAGUGGACGUGCUCCCGGCCUUUGACGUUCUGGGAAAUGCCUCCCCAGACUCUAAUCUGCCACAGGAAAUCUUUGAAAAAUUAAUAAACUUCGAAGGCUCCCCUGGGGAGUUCUCCUCCAGCUUCACGGUCUUGCAUCGACACUUUGUGAGAACUCGCCCCGUAAAGGUCAAGAACCUCCUGCGGCUGGUGAAACACUGGUGGUACCUGCAGCAUAAGAAAUACAAACGUGUAAAAGUGGCCUUGCCUCCCAAAUAUGCCCUGGAGCUGCUGACCAUCUACGCCUGGGAAACAGGCACCGACGAAAGUGAGAAUUUCGACCUAGCUGAAGGCUUUAAAGCAGUGAUGAAGCUUGUUCGAGAUUACAAUAAUAUCUGCAUCUACUGGACCAAGUACUAUAACUUCCAAAAUGAGGCUGUCAGUAUAUUUAUCAAAGAAAAGCUGAAGGAAGAAAGGCCCGUGAUCUUGGACCCUGCAGAUCCCACCAACAACCUGGGGAGAGGAAAGAGCUGGGAUGUGAUGGCCAAAGAGGCUGCCUACACCCUGCAACAGGACUGCUGCAGCACCGUGGACCCGUGGCCAGUGCGAGCCGCAAGAGACGUUCAGGUGAAAGUGGAGGUGCCAGGUAAUUGGGUCUUGAUGCUCAUGGUGGACCCCUACAGACCCAUCUGGAAGAUGAAAAAGAGCAUCGAGGAGAUGUGGCACCCCAGCGGGCAGCAGCGGCUCUCCUUCCAGGAGCCCGGAGAAGAGCGGAAAGAACUCAGCAACUUCAAGACACUGGCGGAUUACGGGAUUUUUGCCAGGGUGACAGUCUCGGUUCUGGUGACAGAGCCUGGGGAGAUCCAGGUCUUUGUGAAGGACAGCAGCGGCCGCAGCAAGCCCUAUGCGGUCUACCCCGAUGACUCCAUCUCUGACCUGAAAGAGAAGAUUGAGGAGGCAGGGGGACCCCCGGCAGAGGACCAGAUACUCAAGUUCCCAGGCCACAAAGUGCGUUAUAGUAGCAAUCUCUCAGAACUGCAGGUCCAAGACGGUGACACCUUCCGGCUAUUCAGGAUAGGGACUAGUAAUCUAUCCUGA